AUGUCAACACAAAAUACGCUCGGUCGGCUGGUGGCGCCGGGAGACAAAAUUCUGGAUGAGAUCGGAGAAUAUAGCUUGGGAAAAGGAAUCUUCGAAGCCAACAAGAAAAUAUUUGCUUCAACCGCUGGCUACGUGAAUAUCUACGGCUACCGAGAUGUAAGCUUCUUUUCAAUUCGAAAUUUAUUGAGAUCUUGUUAGUUCACAAUUAUGUACUCGGAAUCAAGUGUUUUGAAAAAAACAUUUUCUAUUUAAGGAAUCACACAAAUUUAUAUAAACCCUCUUAUCUCUUUAGAUUAACUCCCCCUCAAAGGUUAAUUUUCAUUUAGAAAACUGAUCGCUUGAUUCAAGUUGUCGAAGUUCGAAGAAAAGAAAACCAAGCAGAUAACGAGCUACUCCCUUUUGUUGGCGCUGUCGUGACCGCAAAAGUUCGCGCUAUCGGAUUAAGGUUAGCAAUUACUUCUCAUAGGCUUCUGUGAAUUGAAUUAGGUUCGCGAAGUGUGAUAUUCUAAGUGUUGGUGAUAAAGUAUACAAAAAGCGAUAUGCAGCUCUUCUUCCAAAAAAGAAAUUGAAGGAAAACGAGCCGGAAUUGGUAUGAAAUUUAAUUAUGUGAGCAUUAUAAUUUUUUUUUUCUUCCAGACAGAGCCCUUUAAGAACUUCGUUAAGCCGAAAGAUUUGAUUCUGGCCAAGAUCUGCGAGGAUUCGAGCAUCCGCGAUAAGUUUGUCCUGACAAUUGCGGAAGACCAACUAGGCGUGGUGAGGCCUUCACGUUUUGAAUGAUCAAUAACCGAUUUUCACAGGUUCUAUGUCGUGGCAGAUUUGGUGAGAACAUGGAGAUGAUCGACUGGAAAUUUGUCAGAUCGACAAGAACAGGAAAAUCAGAACCUCGGAAGUUGGCUAUAGUCCCUCAAUUAUGUUUAUUGAAGACUUCUUGAUAAUUUUCCUACAUAUUUAAUUGUUAUGUACAUUUUUGUUACGAAAUAAAAAAGCCGAACGAUAUCAUAUUCAGUUUUUAUUUUCAGCCAACCUAUCGAGAUUUGGGCCACAAAUUGACAAGUUAGUCAAGAAAGAUAGCCGCAAAAAUUUAAUAGCAUGCUUCAAAUUUUAUCGAGAAGUUGAUACAAAUUUCAUGGACAAUCGAGUGUUAUUUCCUUUUUUUUUCGAUGACUGAAAGUUGUUAACUUUAUGGAAGAAACCAAAAAUUCACUGAAAUUCUUUUUUUUCAUACCGAUUAUUUCUUGUUCCUAUGAAUUAGCAUGUUGAAAUCAAAGAAAAUCAAAUUUCAUCUUACAUUUCUGAAUUAAAGACCUAGAACAUAAGCUCGAAAAAACUUUCAAGUAGCUAUAAAGCGCCUGUGGCCUCAACUUUGUUUUUUCUCUUCUCUCGGACUGGUUUUUCGCAAGUUUACCCAACCUUUUUUUUUCAUAUGCCCUCCAAUCUAAAAAGAUUUCGGUUUGCAACAGCAGGUCAAAGGCCGAAGUAAUUGGGAUUGAUACGUCUCAUGAAAGCGGCCGAGAGAUGUGCCCAGGGACGACUACGUGAAAUGUUAAUGUUUGUCGCUUGCCAAAAAGAAAAAGAGCAGCAUGAUGUGUUGUGAUGGCGGGUGAAGCUCUCCUAUGCAUGUAGAAUAUGGCGUUCCUGACAAAAAAGUUGCGGGAGCAUCGGGCGAUGAGGUUGGUUUUUUUUUUCAUUUUUUUUUUAUUUCAUCAACUGGUUCCAAAUGUAUUCGUAUUCUAGCGAACUAAUAGGUUAUCACACUUUUUACGGACAGUUUCGGUUUUUCUUUUGUCAACCAAACAUUUUUGUUGAAGUAAGAAUCAUUCAUCCUGGGCGAAUCAAGAAAUGGUCUCGCGAUACUCCAUGAGGUAAAUCGCAGGGUCUGAAGGCUGAAUGAUACCUCGAGUAAAGCUCUGAGGACUUUGAGCGAAAUGAGAUAGAUUUGAGAUAUACUCCCAAAUACCUCCGAGACGGCUCAGAUAUAGAGCUUAAAGGUAUGCUGGAGAUCUCACGAUGGACAUAUUAUUCGAUAUUCGCAAUCCAUUCUGAGAGGUACCUUUGUGGACACAUUAUGGUACCUUCUCGAUUCGCCUGUGUUAAAAAAAUUGGAAACGCCGUAAAUUUUCUUAUAAUCGAACCUAUUUUAGAAAUAAAUAUAAGUAUAAUUGAUAUACAACAAAUCAUUCAAGUCUAUUGCCUGUUUCGCGCCAAUCUGUCACAUUUUUAUUUCGCUUCCAGCUACAGAACCCUUCUUUUCGAUGCGCACAUCCUGUAUCCUUAUCCGCCUUUUGUUUAGCCUAAAUCUUUCGUUAUAUCGGAGGCAAAUGCACAGAGACAGGCCGCGCGCUACCCUUGCGAGGGAAGGGUUCUAUAGCUCGGAAGAAAAUUAAAAUCGUUUCAAGCUAUCGCGGAAUGCGACUAUGUUUUUCAAACGCGCCAUUACGCGUGGAAACUGUAAUCGGAAAUACGAAAGUUUUUGAUUAAGAUGAAUCAAAAAACUUAGGAUGAAAGUUACGAAUUCGUUUUGUUUUGCAGCCACCAGGCGGUUCAUCUCGGUGUCGAGAAGAAGUAUAACAGCGACAUCGCCGCCGCCGCUAAAUUGGCAUCGAUGCGAUCGAGUAAAUUAAUAUCAAAAAGCAAAGCUUUCAUUUUUAAAAACAUAUUUCUGGCAAAAUUUACGAGAACUCAGACCCACCAACGAAAUAAAAAUGAUAUUGAGGAAUCGACGCUUUGCGAAUCGUACCACUCGGCGAACUUCUCUGCAUUCGGCAGCUUUAUCCAACUAGUAAGAAACUUUGAUCGCAGUUAGAAUUUGAAAGUUUGGCGUUUCAGAGAACUCCUGCUAUCAAGACACUCCUCAGGAAAGGUUAGUAAAAAUUGAAUUGCCGAAGUAUACUUCAAGAAUCAGUCACUAAAAAAUUUUUCGUUCAUUUAAGUUUCAAUUUGGAAGCUCAUGUGAAAAGUUCAAUCGAGAGAAGGCUUUCCUGUGUUUCGAAAGGAAGUCUACUCUUUGCAUGCUUUCUGACCAAAAAAGACGAAACUUUGCCUGAAUAGCAGAUUUAUUUUUUCACAUCUUAAAGUAGCUUGUACGUGCUCUAUCAGUAUUUUUCUCUUGAAAGAAAAAAAAACGGAACUUUUUGGAAUUAAAGCAGCCAAUAGUAAAUGGAAACAUGGGAAAAACUUUUUAAAAAUUGUUAUAUGACGAUUGGUUUGGUCUGAAUUUCAAAAAAUAUGUUCUUUCUUUAAAAACGAUCUUAAAAGUUUUUUAUAUGCUACAGCACCCAAUAUUUUGUUUUCACCUAACCAAAUUUCGAAUAAAGUAUGUCUUCUAGAUUUUGGUACGUUUUUUAAAUCUCUUUUAAAAAAGUUAGAGUUCAUUCAUUAACUGCAGACAUUGGAAUAAAAAGUGUGUUUGAAUCCAAGUGCAAUAAUAAUGACUCAAAGCUCAGUUAGUACUCGUGACCUCUCGUAGAAAGCUUAACACUUAUCUCUGCACUUUAUGGGCGCCUGAUUACUCUUGCAACUUGUAAAUAUUCUCGAGAAACGACAUUCUACGGAAAGUAAUGGGAGAACUCCUGAUUGAGUCAACUUCGGUUAGAGAGCAGGUGAAAAGUUUCCACGACAAAACGCAGGUGCAUGGGAAAAGUGCCCUGAGAAGUCAAGUGUUCGUCGGCCAUUCUGAGUGAGACAUUCUGAGCGAUGUGGAAAGCGCGGAUCUUGGACGCGGCGCGACGCGAGAAGCUUCGGGAUCGUCGUAGGAAUCUUCUGUCGAGGUAUUUGAAGUCUUCGGAAGCUCUGAGUGUAAUAAUUUAUGACAAAUUGGCUUGCUUUUCAAAGCCACAUCAUAUAAUUUUUUUUUGACAAUGUAUAUCACUCUACCUGUAAGUUAUCUAAAAUACAUCUUAGGCACCUUUUGAUGAGAUAUAUUUUUUCCCUGAGUCUCAGUCUGCAGAACUCAAGUUUUUAGAGAAGACGCUUCAUAGAUGAACAAAGAAAAACUACUUUGAUGGUUAAAUCCAGAAGGUUCGAGGCGUCAGUUCCUUAGGCAGUGCCGCCAAGAGAAAAAUUGAGAAUUUCUAUUAAAUCAUUAGAAAGCCUCUGAGUCUAUCUCCGAAAAUUAAAAAGUUCUUUAACAGAACCAUUGUAAAGAUCUGCUCUACUUUUUCAAAAAGCUGAAGUAUGUCAUGAUUAGGCUAUGUAAAUGAUCCUUUCUCCCAAAUUUGUCGCUAUUGAUUGAAAUCAUGAAUGUUUAAGCUGUUGGCUCACUUCUAAGAAGUCGAUUUUCUUUUUUAAAAUAUCACUUCUUUUCUCAUGUUAAGCAUAAGAUCACACUUAUUCAUUUAUUCUUUCACCGUAUCUUGUCAAGCUCUGGAAGUGGGGUCUUAACGAUUAUUUUCUUUGAUUGACCGAUCACGCCCUCCGGCGGCGCUUUAAAAGUGGUUCGAUACGUUGGAACUUAUUUUAAGGACUUAAUGUUGCAUAUACUUCGUCAAGUCAUUAUGAAGACCUGGUAGCUAUAAAAUUAUUGGGUCAUGUCUACAUUCUCAUAUUUCAUUCCGUAUCAUCGAUAUUUAAUGGUCAAAGACGAUACGAAAGGAGGAUAUAUUCGGUUUCUGUGAUUUUUCGAAAGUUGAGGAACAAACCUGGAGAAAGACUUGACGGGAAAACGAAUUGUUGCCAGGCACACGACAUUAUCCAAAGCUAAAUUGCGGCCAUUUCGGGCAAAAAGAGGGCAACCGGACGCUUCAUAUGCAUUAUAAUGAGAAGGAGGCUUCCAAUUUCUCAUAAUUUCGUCGCUUGUUUAAGAAAAGAAACGUCUUGAAAGUCGCUUAUCUAUCGAUUUCACACGUGCCUCGAGCCCUCCCCUUAAUUCUUUUCGUGUGCUUAUCCCUUUGCUUUAUGUGAAUUGCGACUUGGACAAAUCCGCGCGCCAUAUAUAUUUUUCGCCUUUUUCUUCUUUACUCAUCAAGAAGCCUUUCAAGGCCAGCUAGUUCUUUUACCACUUGUUUGUCCAAUUUUGAAUAGAAGGACCAUUUCUUCGACUAGAAUGGAAAACUCAAUUAGGAUCGUACUAGGUAUCUAGUCUUCCGUUGACUAAUCACUCGCCUUUUAAUUGGCUUACUUUUAGUUUUUCAUUUUCGUUAAAAUUUUGGCUUGAAAAAGUUAUGAGGUCUGCUUGCCUCUAAGUACGAAAAAUUGGAGAACUUUACAGUUAUCUGAAUAAUUUUUGUAACUGCCUAUUAACUUCAUUUUUUGUCCGAAAUUUCGAAGAUAUUCAGACUAACAGUACCUAUUGAAGUCAGAUAUCAGCUUGUUUCCGUCGACCUUGCGACCUUGUUCCUGUGCUCUGAUAGUUUUGACGCAUCAGCCGUAUCUUGGGAACCGUAGCCGGCGCUCAAAUUUGCUCUGUUGGAUGCGGGUUUCCUGAAGUGGUGAGAUGAACUCGGCGGUGCUGCAAGGCUCGAUCCUCGCCACUUCCCACGGCAUCGCUCGUCUCAACAGACACAGAAAUGCCAACGUCUUUCGGAUUCCACCCGAGAACUGCCUUGCCAAGCAUCUCCGCGGCUUUAUACCUUCCGAGCCGUUCGUUCUUUUGUUGGCCAGAGAGAAAGUGGAAAAAGUAGUAUUUGUAGUGUCCUUGAAAAAAAAAAGAAAAGUUUAUUAUAAGGCGGUCUUCUGAAAGUUAUUCUUCGUUUCGUAUCGAAAUUUCUCAAAAAAUGGGAAAUGCUUCAUUUAAAAUUCACUGAAUGUUAACCAAUUGGUUUUCUGAGUUUUCAAAGAAAUAAUCUAAAGGAUUUAGCGUCUUCGAAGAAAUUAGCCACGGUAAUUUGUUGCUAAUUCAAAAAGCUUCAAAAAGUAGAUGGUAUUUACUAUUCUGGUUUCAGAAGUACAAGUGGGACUCCUGAUAGACGCUCCAGUGACGAGGAAAUCCUCGGCGCCGAGAGAAAAUGCGAAGUUGGACUUUUUUUUUCAAAUUUAAAUGUAAAAAAAACUAAUUCAGAUUUUCAUUGGCGAUGUGCCGAGCAACGACAGCUUUGUGAGAAUUAACGUUGGCGGUCAGAGGUUUAUGCUGCGGAAGGAAACUAUCUUACGACGCGGCGUCGGUAUGGCCUGAAUUCAGUCUGAACCUUACCAUUUGCAUUUCUCCGAAAAUCAAUAAAUAAUUAUUUUGUUGUUUUCGCCAUAUACUUGAUCAACUAGGCAGUGAACAAAAACUUUUAAAUCUUGAGUUUCAUCCGUAUAGUCGUCGCAAGAGUUCAGAGUUUUGGAAUGUAGUUGUAGCUGGAGCCCGGCUCUAGGUGGAAGCAUUAGAAUGAGACCAGAAGAGUGAUGACUCUACAGAGAAUAAAAUGAAAAGUUUUAAGUUAAAAAAAAGUUCCAAUUCUGUCAAAACACAAAAGGAAAAGUUCAGGACGACUUGUGCAGUUGGUGAAUCAGGAAGUAGAUGCUCACAGCGAGGCCGACGCCUACUUUCGGUCCAGCAAUGAAUAUUACUUCGAAAGAGCCCCCGCUCUCUUUCACAUCAUCUAUCAGUUCUACAUUACAGGUAUCGACCCCAUCAAGAUUUUCGAGAACUUUCUGCAGGUCAAAUCCACCAACCUUCACACCUGUGCCCCAUGGACAUAGUAGAGGAGCUGGACUACUGGCAAAUCGUCUCGGAGCAGUAUCUCGCCGAAUGUUGUUGCGCAGACAUUGCAGUAGGUCGUCCAGCUCUUCUCAGAUGAAUGAGGACUCAGAUAAAGGAAGAGAACGACGUCGACGAAGUCGUCAAGCCGAAUCUGUUCAAGACGUUACGGUUUGGCAACAUCCGCAAGCAGAUCUGGGAUAUUAUCGAAGAACCGGCAAGGUUUGUAGAAGUUGAAUAAAAUUAAAGUAUGAAACAUUUGAACAGUUCUGGAAAAGCUCAAGUGUUUGCGGCACUGAGCGUCCUCUUCGUUUUGGUGUCCAUCUCAGGACUUGUUCUGGGAUCUCUGCCUGAGCUCCAGGUUCCUCUUCACUCCUCGGAAAACUCAACUGGUACGACCCUAUGAUUAUGGCCAAUUUUCCGAGAAAUUGUACAUAACGCAUGCCAAAGAAAGCUCGAUAUUUUGUUUUGGGAAUCGAAAUUUUCUUUAUGUUUUUUUCAUUUAUUUAUUUUUUGUUCAAGAGGACUUGUUCCAGGCUAUACCGUACCACACUCAAAUAAAAGAACCGUGAAAUUUUCUACAGAAAUCGUGGAAAUGGAGCCUCUUCCCAUAAUAGGCUACGUCGAAUACGUUUGUAUCGUUUGGUUCACUUUUGAAUACGGUUUUUUAUUUUCGUAUUUUUUAUUUUCAUUGGGGACAAGUUCAGGGAUGAAGAUGCUGGUGAGCGCAGAACGACAGAAGACGUUCAUGCAGUUGCUGAACAUCAUCGACUUGCUGGCGAUUCUGCCGUUCAUCAUCGAGAUGAUGCUCCUGGUGUUCGGCGUGAGCACGGAGCAGCUGCGCGAUCUCAAAGGAGCCUUUCUCGUGAUCAGAAUUCUGCGUGUCUUGCGGGUCAUCCGUGUUCUCAAGCUCGGUCGCUACAGUAGCGGUCUUCAGAUGUUCGGCAAAACCCUCAAGGUCUCACUUCUACUCGAAAAUUUUGAGAGCAGAUUUUAGGCCUCAUUUCGACAGCUCGGCAUGAUGGCAAUGGUCGUUAUGACUGGCGUCAUUUUCUUCAGCACUUUAGUUUAUUUCCUUGAAAAGGUUGGCUUCGAUUCUUGUUUUUAAAAUUCAUUUUAUCAUAUUGUAUCUCUUUAAAAAAAAUGUGUCUCUUUUUUUUUACCUCAACGAGAAAAAUCGAAUUUCUUUUUUUGAGAAGAAUCUUAGAGUUUUCAAUUGAUUAGACUCCCGGGAACUUUUUGAAGAGGGUAUCGCUGUUUUGAAUACAUUUUGAGUUGUAUUAUUAAAUGAGGCUUUUCUUUCUUUUUUAGGACGAGCCUAACUCGAAGUUUCACUCGAUACCGGCUGCUUGUUGGUGGUAAGUUGAAAUUUAAAUCUUCUCCGGAAAAAUUAGUUUGCAGGUGCAUCGUAACUAUGACGACCGUAGGUAAGUGCAACGCCGUUUUUGACUUGGGAAAUUCGGAUUUUCAGGCUACGGGGACCUUACUCCCAUCACUGUUCGUAAGUUUUUCAUAUUCUCGAGGAAAAAGGGCCAUGGGAAAAUAAAGAGGUUUUUAGCUGGGAAACUGGUGGCAACUGGGGCGAUCGCCUGCGGCGUCUUGGUCCUCGCCUUGCCAAUCACAAUUAUCGUGCGUUUUUCUAGUAAACCUUCGAGUCGCUCCAAAACUCUUGCUUUAUUUGCACGUUUCUGUUAAAAUGGCAUCCGUUCAAAUUGAAACUUCAGGCUCAAGUAGCAUUCACGAUAAAAUCAACAAGAAAAGUGAGCAUUCCCACACUUGAUUGCUUCACACGCACCUUAGUUGCUCUUGCGAAAGAUAUUUUUGAUAUUUUAAUUUUGCCACACUUGGACUUUGAAUUUUUUUCGCUGCAACAUCGUGGGAAAAAAAUUCUUAAUAAAUUAUGAAUCAAAAUCAACUGGGAAAGUGAGUAGAGAAGAAUGACUUUCUUGUUUCUGCAGUGAUGGCUCAGGUAAAGUCGGGAAAAAAAAAUAAAAAAACUCUUUUCCAAUUCAGAAAAUUCUCCACAAGGAUAGCGCGUUUUUUUUUUCAGGAAAAAAUGAGGAGACCACAGAAAAUUCAUUGAUUUCCGACUCUGCCUAUGAGCAUUUUUAUUUACUUUUCAAAUAAUAUGGUUUGAUCGUCUGUUGCUCAUUUUUUGAAACAGAUCUGACUUGCUGAUAAUUUAAGGUGGACAACUUCAUGAAAGUAGCGGAAGGGGAACGUCCACACGGAGGUGGUCCCGCUCCCAGAGUUCGCACCUCUGGACUCUACAGCAGCCGGUACCAUUAACAGAUCACUUAUGGACACUCUAGUAGAAGAUUUUCAGAGAAACACCGCAGUCGGAACCUUUGGCCCCGGGUACGGUCGCGCCUUGCUGA